GUCAGCUGCUCGUAUGUCAAAACUGAUAUCCGAAUAUGUUACAAAACGAGUCCAUAUUAAUUUAGUAAAGGAAAAACGUUAAAAUUUAUUAAACAAAAUGUCCGUUUUACUAAGAGCUUUGCGUACACAAAAGAGUUCUCUGCACCGGAUGUAUAGCUCCUCUAAGACGGGAAGUGAAGUUAAAACGAUUCCUAAAAAUCUACUCGAAGAUAGUCAAACGGCGCACUUGCAAAGGGAGAAUGGCGUAAUCUUCGACAAAAAACCGUUUAAAAUUCACUUAGAAUCCAAUAAAACUUAUAGUUGGUGCUUGUGUGGCAAAUCGAAAAGUCAACCAAUUUGCGAUGGCAUGCACAAAAAUGAAUUCUUAAAAAUUAAACUGAGACCAGUGAGAUUCCAAGUUGAAAAGACCGGUGACUACUGGUUAUGCAACUGCAAGCAAACAAAACACCGUCCAUUCUGUGAUGGCACACACAAACAACCGGAUAUACAAGCCGCAGUCCGUUAAAUGUAUAUCAACGGAGUUGUUACUCAAAUACCUACCUUUUAGUUAAUUAAAGUGUACGCAUUUAAGUCAUUUAUUGUUUUCCUUAUCAAUAAAAAUCUAUUUUGUUAAAUGCAAGCAACAAAUU